AUGUUGAAUGGAUUCAUUCCUUUCAAAAAGUCGCAAAUCACAUACCUCCACUACGCAAUCCUUAAUGACGCUCCCGUUGUUGUGACAUCCUUGGUCAAGUAUGGAACUGAUGUGUAUGAAGGGACUUGCGAUUACCCUGAUCUUGAGCCCUUAUACUUAGCAUUAGCAAGCCCCCACGACAAUUACCGAGAUCUUGACAAGCCACUUUGGAUUGCUAGCAGCUACGCUCUUCCUAGGAGCUGCGAAUAUCUCCUGGAAAGGGGAGCUUCUCCUAACAACUUGAGCAAUUUUGGAAUGGGAGCUAUGCACCUUGCGGGACAGUUGCCAAAUGGUCCUCUUUCCUUCUUCGCACAGUUUCAAUUCUACUUCACUUCGGCGGAGAUCCAAAUUUAA